CCGUCGGCGCGUUAUAAUGGUGAUAUGGAAUCCCUUCGCGAAAACGGUUGUUCGUUCCCAACUGUUCACCAGCAAUCGUUUGGGGACCGCCCACAUUUCAGCGCCGGUCUACGAGCCGCGAGCACCGGCAAUUGCUAACUGCAUCGCACGAACGCUUGACUUCGUGUCCGUCCGAAAGAGGAACCGGACGAUCUCCUUGACCGGGCUCGCACGUAUCCUGCACGCUCACCCGCUGUGCUCAAAUGCGAGCACCCCUUCCCCGGUCGGUUAUACCAUUCCCACCUAUACGCACACAUACAUAUACUACCGGAAACCUGGUCCGACGGGCCAGUCGUCCACUUGUAUCCACUCCACCACGUAUUCCAACAUCUACCGUGCCAUGCGUAUCAAAUAUUCUCAAAUAAGAAAUAUACUGCAAACACCAAAUCGAUCGUGUUCACAGCUUGCGUCCUAGGCGUCGUCUCCGCGGUGACAGCCGUGGGCAAGAACAACCAGAUUGCUUACCCGACAUACCCGUCACCCAAGGGAUCGGGAUCAGGCAACAGGGAGACUGAGGUGUUGCCGAACUACUCUAAGAACAAACCGAAACACUCCCGCCCAUUGGUCCCGUCAUACCCGUCGUCCCACCGGGAGCAGAGCGAACCAGUCGAAUAUUUCAAGUCAAAAUGGCGGCGAUCGGUUCGCGCAUACGCCGGAGAUGCCGAGCUGGACGGUCGCCCGGCACCUGUUCACCGAAGAGGUCUGCUAGCCUGAGCCCAAUACGCUUUAUCCAAUACGGGACACGACGUCAACGUUUUAUCGACUUCACUCACGUCGAUUGAUGUACACCGAAUACGUUAUAUUAUUCCUCGUAUAGGUAUUGUUUUACUAUUACAUUGUACACACACAUUGCGUGUCGCAAGAGUUUCAUUAUAGUUUUUCAUAUAUUUUAAGUUUAUCUCUGUAAACAUUAUACAUCACGUUGUGUCGUCCCGAGUACAACGAACGUCGUAAUGAUAAUUGUUUCGAUUGUAUUUGAAAUUUGUUUUUUUUUCAUUAAUUUGUCAAAUAAUAAAUAUACUGAUAUAUCGUUAACAGACAUGUAAUUCAAAUUUUUAGGUUAUUACAUCUUUUGAUUGGAAAACAUCUCAAAAAUAUAAUUAUAGUUAUAUAAUACAACUACAUACAACUAUACAUAUGACUGUAAAUGAUAAUGUAAACCACUUAAACCGCGAUAAGCAUAUAUUUAAGUUAGUUAUAAAAUUCUGGAUGUUUCCCUCGGGUUCUCUGGUAUUUAUAGAAAAUGUUCAAUUUUAUUAGUUUUUAGUUACUAAGUUUUCAGGUUACGUAAUAUUUCGGAAAAUAAAUUAUAGUUAUACGAAAAUACGUUUGUAAAUGCUAAACCAAAAGAGAUAUUCAUAAAUUAAAUUUUUAACGAUAGUUAA